AUGGGUUUCAGCUUUCGCAAACGUGCCGCGGUAGAGGAGGUUGCUCCGGCGAGCAUCUCCUCUACCGAAGCAGCAGAGGCCACCGGCGCCGAAGCUUUGAACACACUCAAACAGUUCGAAGAACAACACAAGCUCGACCCUAACCUACCCGUUGAAGAGCUGAAUACUGUCGACGCGGUCCUUUCCACGGGCAAUGCGGAGAAGGGUGUCGAAGUCGAGACGGCGUUGGUAGAAGAAAACAGCCCUUACCCCGAGGUGUGCGCUGCAGUUAGGAACUACGAUGUCGACCUACCGGCUAACACGAUCCGCGCCUGGGUAAUCGGCUUGAUCUUGUGUACUGUGGGAUCGGCCGUCAACAUGCUCUUCUCUCUAAAGAACCCUACUAUUCAAAUCACGACCUACGUGAUCCAGUUGGUUUCAUAUCCGAUCGGACUGGGAUGGGAUUUGGUCUUCCCCGAUCGUCAGUUUUCUAUCUUCGGGGUCAAGUUCAAUUUCAAACCCGGCAAGUUCAACUUCAAGGAGCAUGUUAUUAUUGUGGUCAUGUCGAAUGCAGCUUAUGGAGGUGGAUUCUUAUAUGCCACAGAUGUGUUGAUUGCUCAACAAGUAUUCUACAAGCAGAAUUUUGGUUGGGGAUUUCAGCUCCUUUUCGGCAUAACUACGUUAUGUACGGGUUACGGUCUAGCUGGUAUCGGUAGACGUUUUUUGGUUUGGCCAGCCGCCAUGAUAUGGCCUUCCGAUCUUGUGAAUGCUUCGUUAUUCUAUGCUCUGCAUGAUCAUUCGCCAUCCGACCCCACCAAGGCAAACGGCUGGGCUAUUAGCAGGUACCGGUGGUUCUUAUACGUCAUGGGAGGGGCGUUCGUCUGGUAUUGGUUCCCUGGUUGGAUCUUUCAGGGCCUGUCCUAUUUCACCUUCAUCUGCUGGGCUGCCCCUAAAAGCGUCGUCGUCAACAAACUCUUUGGGGGCUAUUCCUAUGGCCUCCUACCGACAACCUUAGACUGGACCGUGAUUUCUGGCUACGCUCUAUCUCCGCUCAUCCCGCCCUUCCAUGCCGUCGCCAAUACCGUGGCAGGUGUCAUAAUCUUCUUCAUCUUCGUCUCGAUGGGCCUACAUUUCUCUGGCACGUGGUACGCCGACUACUUCGUCGUCCAGUCGUCCAGCGCUUUCGAUAAUACGGGUGCUGUCUACGACGUAUCGAGGAUACUAAACGAGGACUUGGUCUUUGACGAGCAGAAAUAUCACGAAUAUUCUCCUUUAUACCUCUCUACCCAGUUUGCUAUAGCUUAUGGACUCUCUUUCGCUGCCGUGGCCGCCGUCGUUGUCCACGUCGCUUUAUACCACGGGCAGCAGAUCGUCACGCAAUUCAAGCUUGCUCGUAGGCAAACCGACGAUAUCCACAUGAAGCUCAUGAAAAAGUACAAGGACGCAGACGAUUGGUGGUACCUUGCACUCUUCAUCAUCAUGGUUGGCUUGUCCUUCGCUGUCUGCUGUGCUUGGCCGACUGGCUUCCCAGCUUGGGCUUAUGUUGUCUGUAUACUGAUACCACUAGUAUGGACGAUACCGAUAGGGAUUGUUCAAGCCAUUACGAAUAUUCAACUUGGUCUUAAUACGCUUACCGAAUUCAUUAUCUCAUAUUUAUAUCCAUCACACCCCCUUGCUAUGAUGAUGUUCAAAAACUACGGCUACAUUUGCAUGUCACAAGCGCUCUACUUUUCGCAGGAUCUCAAGUUAGGACACUACAUGAAAGUCCCGCCGAGAACCAUGUUUUGGUCACAACUUGUCGCAUCAGUAUGGUCUGCUAUCGUCCAGAUUGUUGUUAUGAACUGGGCUUUGGGCCACAUCCCUGAUGUGUGUAGUGACGAUCAGCCUGAUAACUAUACAUGUCCAAAUGGCAGGGUUUUCUAUACCGCGUCAGUCAUAUGGGGCGCGAUCGGUGCCAAGCGGAUGUUCAGUAGCGACGCUCUUUAUUCGUCGUUACAGUGGUUCUGGCUCGUUGGUGCUGUCGCCCCGGUCAUCACCUGGUUCUUAGCCCGUCGUGCUCCUAAAUCGAUGUUCCCGUUCUUCCGUUCCAUCAACAUGCCCCUCUUCUUUGGCGGCUCGGGCAUGAUCCCGCCUGCUACUUCGUAUACCUAUCUCUGUUGGGGGGCGGUAGGCCUGACCUUCAACUACUUCAUCAAACGAAGGUGGAAUGGAUGGUGGCUGCAGUACAACUACAUCACCUCGGCGGCCCUUGACUGCGGAUUGGCAAUCUCGACGAUUAUAAUAUUCUUCACCCUCUACCUCACCUCCGCCCAAUUGCCAAAGUGGUAUGGGAAUUACGAUGUCUUCGAUACGUUAGACCAAACUGGGAUGGCUAUUAAAAGCUUUGUUGCCGAAGGAGAGACAUUUGGGCCUACGACUUGGCCAUGA